AACCAACGCACUUUUGACCUGGGCAACACUAGAUCCAGAACUUGCAAGGCUUGUUUUUAAAAUCAAUCUCAACAAAUCAUAGUACUAUCAAAAGAUAUUUCAUCAAGCACAUUAAUAUGCACGCCGGUUCACAAAGUGAUUCACAAAAUGAGGAUUCUGGCACGAGUGGGUUUUCAGAAAUAUCCUCAUCAGAGGUAUCGUGGAUAUCCUGGUACUGUUCGCUUCCAGAGCACGAAUUUUUUCUCGAGAUUCCCGAAGAAUAUCUAGAAGAUGAAUUUAAUCUUGCUGGGUUGAGCUCAAGCGUUCCAUUGUACAAUGAAGCGCUGGAUUUAAUUUUAGAUCUGGAACUAGAAUGCUCAGAUACAGAUGAUUCAAAUAGCGCAAAGGUACCACAGCAGCGACAACAAUACAAUGCGCAUUUGAGAAUGGUGGAAUCAUCAGCACAAAUUUUAUAUGGACUAAUACAUGCGCGUUUUCUUCUCACAAAACCUGCUUUGGUCAACAUGGCAGAACGGUUCAGAAUGAAGGAUUUUGGCCGAUGCCCUAGAGUUGGAUGUGGUAAAUGUGGUGUAGUUCCGUGUGGUCUUUCGGAUAUCCCAGGGGUUGCUACACUUAAAAUGUACUGUCCUCGAUGUGGCGACUUGUAUAGUCCAAAAAAGCCGAGAUUUCAGUCACUUGAUGGUUCAAGUUUUGGCACAUCGUUUCCAUCAUUCCUAUUUUUAACCAUGCCACAUUUAGUACCACCUGUUCGAAUGGGUGUCGAGACGGAGCAGGGGUAUAUUGCACAAAUGAAUACAAAUGAGCACGAGCGUGCAGCAUUGAUACGAGCACGAGAGCAUCCAGUUUUAUCGUCUGAUGAGAACAGCGAGAUGUCAGAGUCGUCAGAAUCAGAAUCAGAAGACGAACAGGAGGAAAACGAUCGAUCCGAGAAAGAUAUUAUGGAAAACGAUAGUUUUGCGAUGCAACGUUUGCCAGACUAUUGGGUUUAUACUCCGAAAAUCUUUGGAUUUAGGAUCUCCGAGUUGUCGAGCACUGGACCUCGUUUGGGAUGGUUACGAUGGCGCUCAGGAUUGCCAAUUCCUGGUAAGCGACAUCACAAUGAAAUGGACAAUAAUUUAGCGACCCAUCAACGACCUGCCCAUGCAGGGAAACUCGUGGCACCAUCCUCUGGAGUUGCCUGCACAGCUGGACAAGCCAACUACAAUGGUGGUAGUGCAGUUCAUCCGCAAAACGUAAAUGCUUUGGAAUUGGGGCAGUUGAAAAUACCAAUGGAUACGAAUGGAUCAUCUUGGACUGUAAAGUCGCACACGGAGUCCAAAGAAGCUUGAACAGUUUUUUACCGCCGUAUUCACGUAAAAUGGAACACUAAAUAGGGGUACCAAAAUACAUAAUAAAUAGCCAGUCUCAUGGAAUGGUUUCCACUU